UCCUCUCCACAUAGAAAGAACAGAGACCUUUGAGCUUACCAAAUUCAUAAACCCUCCAUCCUUUUUAAUUUCCACCCCUUUAUAUUUGUAUAUUUUCCUGUAUUUCUUCCUAAUUUUUGGGUUUUCAUGAUCUUCUCCAAUUGCUCUGGAGCACAAUCAUAAAGGUAGAUUCAAUUUCAAUCAAUUUCUCUACUUUUCUUUUUUUUUUACUUUUAGUUGAAUUUCUCUAAUGGGCACCUUAGUUUUCUUACCAAAGUACAAAAAUUACAUAAUUUUCUUGAACAUCUCGUUUCUGCUAGUGGGAUGUGCUUUCUUGAUUGUACAUUUUGAAGCUUCAGAUUUUCCGGUUCUAAGCACUUCUGAGAUAAGCGCUUCUGGGAUUUCCAGAUUUUCUGGUUCACUAGAUUGCAAGGGUUUUCUUAGUUUAGAUGACUACAAAGCAAAGUGCUUUCACCUUAAAUCCAAAAACCCAUGUGUCUCCCAAGGCUAUAUAAACUAUCUUAAAAUUUUCUACUGCAAGUUUGGAACUUUUCCUCAAUUGGGUUAUUGCUGUAUGUUUCUUUGGCUUCUGGUUUUGUUCUAUUUGAUGGGAAACACAGCUUCUGAGUACUUCUGUUCUUCACUUGAUAGUUUAUCUAGGCUGUUAAAAUUGUCCCCAACAAUUGCUGGGGUAACUCUGCUUUCUCUUGGCAAUGGCGCCAAUGAUGUGUUUUCCAGUCUUGUUUCGUUUAUGGGUGGCGGGAAUGGCGAAAUCGGUCUUAAUACAAUUUUGGGUGGUGCUUCUUUUGUGUCGUGUGUUGUGGUUGGAAUCUUAAGCAUUUCGAUGCGCAAAAGGCGCAUUCGAGUUAACAAAUCGGACUUUGUGAGAGAUAUUUGCUUCUACCUUUUGGUCAUUGUAUGUUUGGGUGUUAUCUUGAUUCGCAAGGAAAUGGAUGUGUGGGCUGCAAUGGCUUUCUCUUCACUCUAUAUUGUCUAUGUGAUUGUGGUUUACGUUUCACACACACGUCGGAAGAAAUGCUUUGAAUUGAGCUGUAAUUCGAGCAAUGAGAGUGACUUGACUGUGCCAAUUCUUAGCAGCAUUGAAGAGGAAGAUCUCAGUGCUGCAGAGGAAGGAGCCGCGCAAGGCAGUUCUGAAGUAGUACAAGUCAAGAAAUGCUGCUGUAAUCUUAUAUCAUCAGCUUUUUUUCGCACGCUAAUUUUCAUACUUGAGCUGCCACUUUAUCUGCCCAGGAGAUUGACCAUUCCUGUAGUCUGUGAAGAAAGAUGGUGUAAGCCAUAUGCAGUUGCUUCAGUGACACUAGCACCAGUGCUUUUGUCAACACUUUGGAACCAUCAAUUUGGAAAUGUUAGCUUCAAGACAAAGCUUGCAAUCUAUAUUAUUGGAUUGGUUUUUGGAAUCACUUUUGGGAUUGCUGCUUUUUUAACAACUGAGAAGUCAAGCCCACCAAAAAAGUCCUUAGUUCCUUGGCUUACUGCGGGGUUUGUAAUGAGUAUUACCUGGAGUUAUCUUACAGCUCAAGAAUUGGUAGGGUUGUUAGUUUCAUUAGGGUACAUAUUAGGUGUGAGUCCUUCAAUUUUAGGGCUAACAGUCCUUGCUUGGGGCAACUCACUUGGAGAUUUGAUAACCAAUUUGACAAUGGCUUUGAAUGGUGGAACAAAAGGAGCUCAGAUUGCAUUUUCAGCAUGUUAUGCUGGCCCUAUCUUCAACACUCUGUUUGGAUUAGGGUUAUCGCUUGUUGGCUCAGCUUGGUCUAAAUUUCCAUCACCCGUCUUGAUACAGAGCGAUCCAUACCUCUUGGAGACGGUGUGUUUCUUGGCCAUCGGCUUGCUUUGGGCACUCGUGGUUUUACCGAGAAGAGGUAUGAGGCUUGAUGGGGUGUUGGGAGGUGGGCUUUUGGUUGUGUACAUCGGUUCCAUGUCUUUGAGGUUGAUUCAAACACUUGGGUCUGUAAAAUUUUAGCUAGUUACAAUGUAAAUAAUUACUUAACUACACGCGAUUGCUGCUUUUAUAUAGCUUAAUAUGAGGUGUUAAGUGUAAGUUGAUAAGCCUUUAGUUUCUAAUUCUUGUGUAAAGUAUAUCCUAAAGCAAUGAAAAAUAUAUGUAGAUUGAA